AUGAGUGGAAAGGAACCCCUGACGUUUGGUGGCGGCGGCUGUAACAAAAACCGUUUACUGAUUGGAGGAGUUAUCGGUUUCGUUGUAUUCGCCAUAAUCACUGGAUUAGCUGUUGGAAUCCCACUUUCUAAACGAAGCACUGAUGAAGAAAACCUUGCACGUGCUAAAAAGAUCCUUAACGAAGUUCCACUCAUUGAUGGACAUAAUGAUCUGGCAUGGCAGUAUCGUGCGCAAGCACAGAAUCAGGUUCAUCAAGUCAAUUUAGCCGAGUCGUUGAUAGGAAUAUGGAAUACAACACAUACUGAUAUACCUAGAAUAGAACAAGGACAAUUAAGGGCACAGUUUUGGGCCUUGUAUGUACCAUGUGAUUCCCAGUAUAUAGACGCUGUUCGCCAGUCUUUUGAUCAAAUGGACACAAUAAAGAAAUUUGUAGCACGUUACCCAGACGUCUUUAGAUUCGUGACAACUGCGGACGGAAUAAUGAAUGAAUUUAACGCUGGAAGAUUCGCGAGUUUGGUUGGAUUAGAAGGUGGACAUUCUAUAGAUAGCAGUCUUGGUAAUCUGCGCAUGUUUUAUGACCUUGGGGUCAGAUACAUGGCAAUUACUCACAGUUGCAAUACACAGGGGGCUGAUAACUGGAAGAUGGAUAAUGCUGAUAAUACAAUUACACCACUUAAUGGUCUUACAGAUUUUGGCAAGUUAGUUAUAAAGGAGAUGAAUAGAUUAGGAAUGUUAGUAGAUUUAUCCCAUGUAUCUGAGAAGACAAUGUUAGAUUCUCUAGAAGUAUCGACAGCUCCUGUUAUAUUCAGUCAUUCUUCAGUCUGGGCUAUAUGUAAUCAUAACCGCAAUGUCAGGGACAACGUACUCUUAAAAACAAAAGAAAAUGGUGGUGUAGUAAUGGUCAACUUCUAUCCAGGUUACAUUAAUUGUGCUCCAAAUGAAUUACCGCAAGCAACAUUAGCUCAAGUUGCCAAUCAUAUUGAUUAUAUUAAAAACUUAACUGGUGUUGAUCAUGUGGGAAUUGGUGCUGAUUAUGAUGGCGUGCCAAGAGUAACUGUUGGCUUAGAAGAUGUAUCCACAUAUCCCGCGCUAUUCGCUGAGUUAGCUAGACGAGGCUGGACUGAUGCUGAACUUAAAAAAUUAGCUGGUGAAAAUCUUCUCCCAGUUUUAAAGAACGCAGAAGAGGUUCGUGAUCAAAUGAUGAAAGAUGAAGUACCACCAUAUGAAGACCAUAUCCCGAAUAAACAAAUCAAAAACACAACAUGUCGUAGCGGCCCCUUUUAAUUACCUGUCUAUCUUCUAGUUUCAUUUUGAUUAACUUUUAUCAAUUCAUUUAAACCAACGUAGCCUAAAUCAAUAACAUAAAAUCUGUUUUCUAUGCACGCGUUUUCAGGGGCAUACUGUUCAGAAUUCUAUUUUAUAUCCUAAAUAAACUAUUUUUCUUUCUUUUUAACUUUAUUUCUAUUUCUUCACAGUAUUGCACCCAAAUCUUGACAACCACAAUUCUAAUGCAGGUUCAGGUGGGCGUCUAUUUGUUGACCUUCAACUCUGUGUUACAUCUAAAGCAUGCCGUAUUCAAC